GACUCAAUCGCUGAUCUCUCUCUAGACCAGGGGUGAGCAAUCACCAUAUAUAGAGCGACGUCCGCCCUCCUACCCUGCUGCAUCCCGAUCCCACUCACUCGCCUCCAGACAAGCUUCAGCUUCACACAACUUUUUCCACUGCCCAACUCCCCACGUCACUCGCAACAAUGAAGGUCACCCUUGGCAUCAUGGUAGCCGCACUGGCCAUCACGCAGGCAGCAGCGAACUGCUCCGAAUACGUCGGCGUAAGUAUCGACGAUAAACCGCAAUCGACAGCAGCGCACGGCACUAAUGCGAUCCCAGAAAUGCAUUGCCGGCAACCAAUGCCAGUACAGCGUCGAAGGCAACCCAGUGGAGCCUUGUUCAGGAAGCAGCGGGCACGGCUCUGUAAGCGAUCGUUCCAAACGCUCCCCCGGCGGCGUUUACAAUCUGACACUGUGACAAAAGUGCGAGGGCAAGAUUGGAGAGCCGUGUUACCAGUACUUUGGUUCCGACCUGGGCGUCGAUAACACCUGCCUCUAUGGCGGCACGUGGUGCCCCGGAUGCAGCUAUCCCAACAACUGCUGAGGGAGACGAUCUGGC